AUGGAUCCAGGCCAAGCUCCUCCUCCGCGUCUGCGUGUCAUCCUUGACCACAGAAUGAAAAACCCCGAUACCCCGACCUCAGCCACAGUCUGGAACCCCGAAGACGAGCUGCAUGGUCACCUCGAGUUGUCAAGCACAGAAGACCUGCACAUCGAUGAGAUUGCAAUAUACUUUGAAGGCGUCUCACGGAACUGGAUACCUGAGUCAGGAGUCCGCCUCCCAAGACUCAUCAAGGCUGAGCGCAUGUUUCUCAGUCAAGCCCAUGACAUGCUUCCAAGCAAUCUAUCUCAAAGGGACCCGCCGCUCGGGUCGGUUGUCCUUGAAGCACCCUUUCACUUUAUCAUCUCCCGAGCGAUCCCGUGCACCAAUCCCGACUCACCAGAACAAUGCUUACACCUGCCUCCGUCCCUGCUUUUAGGAGAUGAAUUUUUCGACGAAGCUACGGGCAAACUGUUCGCACAGCCCAACAUUACCUACUACCUACGAGCCACCGCAAACUUCACUAUAAAUGACACCGGGGCGAAAGGGUCACAGGAGACAUUUCUACCAGUAACCGUCGCGCCACACACCGAGGAACUGCCCCCGACAGAAACAGACGAUUUCCCCAUGGAGUUCAAGGAGCAAGAAACAAAAGUGCUACGACGAUCUCUGCUGGGGACCCCGCUAGGAACAAUGAAGGUCUCGCUACAAGAGCCAUCGGCUCUUGCUUACGACACCCGCUCUACCCAUAGCCACACGACGGCUCUUUUAAGACUAGAGUUUGAGUCGGCAAGUCCAAGUUCAAACGAUGUCCCAAAGGGCCUCCAAGGAUUAAGCUUUACGGUUUUUUCCUUGGUAAGAGUCAAGACAUUCUACUCCGUGAAGUCCUUCCCAAGGCUACCAAGUCAGAGUUUGUUGGAAUCUUUCGGUGAUAUGAGGCUUCGCGACGGCAUCAUAAAGCUGGAGACUCAACACGUUCGAGAUGCUUCAUGGGGAUACAGGUUCAACCCAGAAAAUGGCGGCAACACCCGAAAGCCGAUGACAAGUGAGCCAGGUGGCAAAUGGAUUUCUAACUGGGCCAUCCCCAUCGAGGUCAACGGACGCCUCCUACCUACCUUCUGCAGCUCAUUGGUUGCCCGCUUCUACACCCUCAUCGUUCGAGUCAAAGUCGCGGGCGCCCGACAAGAAGCCUUCGACUUUGAAGUCCCUUUUCAGGUUAUACAUACCCCUCCAGGCAAGACUGAUUCCUCUCCCCCACCGGUGGAAGAAAUCAGAGAACAAUUCUUGCAAUAUCAGAGAGCUUCAGAGGCGUUCUGGUUCAGCGAGGAUUCAUUGGUAAGUUGCUUGAGAGGUCAACUUGAAACACAGCGGCUGAUCAACCGUUAG